GGAUCCACGCUAUGGCCAGCCUCCAUAGACUUUUCUCCCAAAAUCUGCUUAAUCUUAUCAACCUUGGGAAAGAAGAAACCGAAGAAGAUGGCUUCUAUAAUGGGUAUUUUGUCACACAGCAUGAUCUUUUGAGAGAGCUGACUAUCCUUCAGAGCAGCUCGGAAUCAGUAGUAGGAAGGAGAAGACUGUUUGCAGACAUAAGACAAAAUAAAUUUCCGCAGUGGUGGUUAGGACAGAAGCAGCCCAUAAGUGCCCGGCUCUUUUCUGUCUUUACAGAUGAGGUGUUCUUAUCUAGAUGGCACAAUAUUCAACUACCCGAAGCUGAAGCUCUGAUUCUAAAUUUUCAGUCAAAGAAUUAUAAAUUACCUGAAUUCAUGGAGAAGAUGGAUAAAUUAAAGGUUUUGGUGGUCACUAGUUACGGUUUUUUCCCUUCAGAAGUGAGCAAUUUUUCACAUGUUAGCUCCUUAUCUAAUCUGAAGAGAAUCCGAUUAGAGAAGAUUUCAAUCCCUUCACUAAGCAUGAACGAUCAACAACUGAAGAAUCUACAGAAGAUAUCUUUUGUUAUGUGUGAUAUCAACGAGGCUUUUCAGAACUGCCCCAUCAAUAUUUCUGAUGCAUUUCCAAAUUUGGUGGAGAUUGACAUCGAAUCUUGCAAUGAUAUGAAGGAAUUCCCUGAUGGAUUCUGUGACAUCAUCCAACUGAGAAAACUUAGUAUCACCAAUUGCCACAAGCUUUCUACCCUCCCAGUUCGUAUUGGCAAUCUGGUGAAUUUGGAAACGUUAAGGUUGAGUUACUGCAUUGAUUUGUUAGAACUGCCCAGCACCAUCGGAAGACUUGUUAAGUUACGACAUCUUAACAUAUCUGACUGUGUAAGCAUCAAUGAAUUGCCAACACAGAUUGGUGAAUUGCACAGUUUGAGAAGGCUCUUCAUGAAGGACUGUUAUAUUGAUCUAUUGGUGUCGUUCAUGGCGGACCUCUUUGGAGGAGCAGCAGUUGGUGCAGUGUUCGGCGAGGCACUAACAGCAAUACUUGAGGAAGCAAACUCUGCUUCCAAGUUCAAAUCCACUUUCAGCGCUUUGAGUCCACGACCAGGGCAGUAG